AUGUUCCAAGGGCAGCAGGCCUGGUUCUGCCGCAGCGUCAGCCAGGAGUUGAGGCAGUUCUGGGAAGCCGAAGGCGGCAGCAUCAGCGACUCCAAGACGGCCGACCUGCUGUUCAGCUGCGACGCCUCGCACCCAGACACGAGGAGAAUAUAUCAAAGCCUCGAAUACAUCGAAGAUAAUGCAACAGUUUUUCAUGCUUACUAUCUCUCUGCAGUAGCUCACUCUGAUAUUAAAGGCUCAGUGGCUUUAGGACAUUUUAUCCUUCCUCCUGCAUGCCUACAAAAAGAAAUAAAAAGAAAAAUUGGUGAUUUUAUUUGGGAACAAGACCAAUGCUUUCUAAAAGAAAAGCAUGAAGUAUCACCAAGUGAAAUAAAGUUGCUUGAGACAAGCAGUGAAGUGGCAACAGAUCACAACAAAGAAUUAUCCAAAAGCACAGAAAAGCAUUUUACAAGGACUCCAGUUAUAGAAAAACAAAUGUACCUGCCUCUUCAGAAUUAUCCAGUGAACAACAUGGUAACAGGGUAUAUAUCAAUUGAUGCUAUGAAGAAAUACCUUGGGGAAUUACAUGACUUCAUACCUGGAAGCUCAGAAUAUUUAGCAUAUCAUGUUCAAAAUGAAAUUAACAUAUCUGCUAUAAAAAACAAAUUGAAGAGGAAAUGUUAA